AGGCUAAAGGUUUCGGUCUCGCAUGCUUAGCGAGAUUAGAGAUAAACAAGUCAACCUCAAGACGGCACCGAUUCUAGUUUAGACUGGACAACAGGACACCGCUGAAAUUGUUGACAGCAAGGUGAUUCUAAAUCAGUUCUAACUUUAAAUCGUACUCUGAAGGUUGGAUCACACCGAGGGAUUUCCAUACGUCAUUUCGGGUUACGAAUAAAGGAUGGCCGGGGUCUUCGAUAUUGAUAUUGAAUCUGAGGACCUGAGCGAUGCAGAGGAUGAGGUGUGUGACUUCACUGUGACUGAAACGGACCAAAGUCGUACAGAGGAGGUGGAGCUGAUCAGUGUAAACAGAGACAACGAGAGAGUCGGGCCUGACUGCUUUGAGCUGCUCACUGUACUGGGAAAGGGAGGCUAUGGCAAGGUCUUCCAGGUGAGGAAAGUUCAGGGUCCUCAAACUGGGAAAAUAUUUGCCAUGAAGGUCCUGAAAAAGGCUAAGAUAGUCUGUAACGCCAAAGACACAGCCCACACACGUGCUGAGCGAGAGAUCCUGGAGACCGUGCGGCACCCCUUCAUAGUGGACUUACUGUACGCCUUCCAGACCGGGGGCAAGCUCUACCUCAUACUGGAGUGUCUGAUCGGUGGGGAAUUGUUCAUGCAGCUGGAGAAGGAGGGCAUCUUCAUGGAGGACACAGCCUGUUUCUACCUGGGCGAGAUUACCCUGGCUCUGGGACACCUGCACUCGAAUGGCAUCAUCUACCGAGACUUAAAACCUGAGAACAUCAUGCUCAACCACGAAGGACAUAUUAAGUUGACAGACUUUGGUCUGUGUAAGGAGUCCAUCCACGACGGCGCUGUCACUCACACCUUUUGUGGCACCAUAGAGUACAUGGCUCCAGAGAUCCUGACUCGUUCAGGUCACAACCGAGCGGUGGACUGGUGGAGUCUGGGAGCUCUGAUGUACGACAUGAUGACCGGCUCGCCUCCAUUCACAGCAGAGAACAGGAAGAGGACCAUAGAUAAAAUUCUCAAGUGUAAAAUCAACCUGCCUCCCUAUCUCACAUUGGAUGCGAGAGACAUGAUCAAGAAGCUGCUCAAGAAGGGCCCAGGCCAGAGACUAGGCUCAAGCAAAGCUGACUGUGCAGACAUACAGAAACAUCCCUUCUUCAGACACAUCAACUGGGAUGACCUGCUCAACAAGAGAGUAGAGCCACCAUACAAGCCAUCACUGCAGUCAGAUGAAGACGUCAGUCAGUUCGACACCCGUUUCACCCGCCAGACCCCGGUUGACAGCCCAGAUGACACGUCCCUCAGCCACAGUCACGACCACGCCUUUGCUGGUUUUACCUACGUGGCUCCCUCUGUGCUGGAGAGUCUGAAGGAGGGCUUCUCCUUCGAACCCCGGACCCGCCCUGUACGCAGACACAACAGCAGCCCACGCACGCCCAUCAGUCCUCUUAAGUUCUCUCUGGCUGAACCCUUCAAGUCUGCAGGAGAAGGAGAGGCAGAGCUUCUGUCAGCCACCUCCAAACCGGCUCCUUCCCUUAACACUUCCCAGCCCACCGACAACGGUGUCACCCAACCAAUCAGAACGCCCGGACGGAACAAGAAGCAGAAAGGAAAUGGGAGAUAAGCAGGAGGAGAUGAGGUGAGAAUGUUUCCCCUCUCAGAGGGUGAAAGGCUUACCCUGUGGGGAGCAGCUCUAGAACCCUGGGGCUGCUUAGAAUGGUGCAAACCUUCUAGAACGCUCCACAAGGUGGAUCUCCCCUGUGCGGAACACGGACGUCAUGGCAACAUGUGUGUUCUAGUCCUCAUGGUUCCAUCUUCCUGCUCUGUGAAUGUCAGCAUUUCACCUCCUCCGAACACACUUCUGUUCAUGGCUGUGUACCAAUAUUACGAACUUGCAUCCUGUCUGUGCCCUUAUUCUUAACUAUCCUCAGUCAGAAGGGCAUAUGGGCACUUUCCCUUAAGGUUAGGAUUGAGGGGAGGAGGUUGCAAGUCAUUGGUUUUGGGACCCAGCCAAUCGUAGUUUUUUUCACGUUUCUCUCAAUGGGAAACUACUGCCAAAGUUUUUGACAUGCUUUAUCAGUGUCAGACUACCACCUAUCAUAGGAUAGCUGUGAUAACUGCUGGAAUUCUGAAAUAUCAAUACAUUUAUUCAUUCAAAUGUUCAUAGAAAAAGAGAAAAGAUAAUCAUGUACAAAAGAGAGAAAAAUGUGUAUUUUCGUUACCAAAACAAAUGCAUUUAUACAUUAGCUUGUGGAGCUGCUGUAAGCCAAUCAAAUCAGAUCUGUACCUCAGGCACCAGACACCAGGUUCUAGAACAGGUGUCCAUGACAACAUUUAUGAAAUAGAAUGCUCCUAUGAGACAAUUAGAUUGUUCCUCACUUUAGGUAGUAAUUCUGUUCGCUGGGUUCUUCAACCAAAAACAUCCACCAUAAAUGUAUUUGACAUACUUAAGUUGAGUCCAGACCAGGAUUUGAACUAUAUCUCUGGACAGUUAUUGUCCUCAUGCCCUCACUGUUCUCAAGGGAGACUGCAUGUCUAUGAACCUCUGUGUUUAUCUCUAUGGCUGCUUAUGUACCAUACACCAACCUGUCUUACUGCUGUGUGAACCGAACCUUGAACAGACCUCUUCCCCUCAGAUUACACAUGGUUCACAACGAGAUCUUCCUAAUCUAUGAUUAUUUCCAGUGUAAACUGGAACCGGAUCCAUAUACCAAGGAAGUUAUAAUGGGAUAGAGGGGGAGUGAUAUUACUAAUGUAUAUUAUUUAAUUUAAAUAAUAUUAUUUACUGGACUGUUAUGUUGUUGAUCAAAGUAGGAUGUUUGAAGAUAUUAUUUUCUUUUUGGAUUGUUGGGAGGUUUGGAGGAGGAGAUGAUGGCGUUGUAGAAUUCGAAUGAAUAAAACCAAACAUGAGGUUUACCAAA